GAGUAAAUCAUAAGGCUGAAUACACCGAAUUGUGACACUUCUAGGUGUUAUGUGUUAGAUUAAGGUAAAAAACUGGAAUACCAACAUCAUGAGCGGAAAAACGAAGUUGAAUGGUCAUGACAAUCCGUCUUAUACAAAAGACCCUGAUGACGUUUUGGAAAAUGGUACAACAAUAUCAGCGCCAGAAAAUAUAAACAAAUCACCCGAAGAGAGGGCACAAUGGGGCAACGGGCUGGAAUUCCUGAUGUCCUGCAUCGCCAUGUCAGUCGGAUUGGGAAAUAUCUGGAGAUUUCCUUUUAUAGCCAACAAAAACGGCGGUGGAGCCUUCCUGAUUCCCUAUCUGAUCAUUCUGACCUUUGUGGGCAGACCGGUGUAUUAUUUAGAGAUGUCUUUGGGACAGUUUUCUAGCAGAGGGAGCGUUAAGAUGUUUGAGAAGCUGUCACCUGUAUUCAAAGGGAUCGGAUAUGGACAAGUCCUGGGAAGCACUUGCGUCGCCUCCUACUAUUGCAUUCUCAUGGCCAUCACACUCUUCUACUUCCUCAACUCCUUCACCGAUGACUUUCCCUGGGCCACGUGUCAAGAUAGCUGGAAGGCUUACGAGAAUUCCAGAAACUUGACUUGCAUCGACAAAUACUCCAAUGUGACUGGCAACAACACUAUCAGCUCUUCGGAGCUGUAUUUCAGGAGAGAAGUCCUGAAAGAGAAGGACGACAUCAGCGACGGGAUGGGUACGCCCGAUUGGAGAUUAAGCCUUCUUCUGCUCUUCAGCUGGGCAGUUACCUUCCUGGUGUCCGUUCGAGGGGUCAAAAGUUCGGGCAAAGCGUCCUACUUCCUGGCCCUCUUCCCCUACGUCAUCAUGAUCACGCUGCUGGUGAGAGCGUCAACGCUGGAAGGCGCCACAGAUGGGAUGUUUUACUUCGUCGAGACUGAUUUUUCCAUGUUGCUCAACGCCGAUGUUUGGUAUGCAGCAGUCACCCAGUGUUUCUUCUCUCUGAAUAUCGGAUUUGGCUCUAUCAUCAUGUUUUCUUCGUACAACAGAUUCGAACACAACAUAAAUAGGGAUGCUCUAGUAGUAACAACUCUGGAUACUUUCACGUCCUUGCUAUCGGGAAUCACGAUCUUUGGAAUACUCGGCAACCUCGCAUUUGAAAUGGGCGUAGAACCAAAAAAAGUUAUAUCGGUAGGAGGAGGAACGGGCCUGGCUUUCAUCUCUUAUCCAGAUGCAAUUUCCAAAUUCACUCAAGUGUCUUGGCUAUUCGCUCUCCUGUUCUUCUUCAUGCUUUUCGUUCUUGGAGUGGGGAGUUUGGUGGCUCUACAUGGUACUCUCAACACUACCAUCAAAGAAGCUAUGCCAGGUACACCAGAAUGGAUGGUAUCUGGAGGCACUGCUAUUCUACUGUUCUUGAUAGGGUUGAUUUACACUACCCCGGGUGGUCAGUAUACAUUGGACCUUGUUGACCAUUUUGGUGGCACAUUUGUGAUAUUUGUCUGUGCCAUUCUGGAAGUUUAUACUAUCACUUGGUUCUAUGGUGUUGAUAACUUUUGCACGGAUUUGGAAUUCAUGACGAAAAAGAAAGUCGGUAUUUAUUGGAGGAUUUCUUGGGGUUUGAUCACACCCGUCCUUCUCACUGUAAUUUUUGUAUACUUCCUAGCGACGCUAGAACCUUUAACUUAUGGUAUAUAUAAACUUUUGUACCCCAUCGGCCUAUCAAUUUUCGGUUGGGGGAUUCUUGGUGCUUGUAUUGUCAUGAUACUCGGAUGGGCAAUGUAUUAUUUCUAUGCCAACAGAAGUAAUUCAUUCAACAAGAUGGUUGUCAGGACGUUUAGUACGAAGGAUUGGGGCCCUGAGAACCCAGAAAAAGCAGAAGAAUGGAAGAAGUACUGCGAAGAUAAAAGAGCCGAACGUAAGAUGACGAGGCAUAGUAAUUGGUUUUGCCGAAAAGCGCAAAUUCUCAUAAAAAGUUAGUACAUGGGAUGCAAAUGCUAUGGAAGAUUGUUUGUUUCAAACAGUCUAUAGUGUCUUUGCGAGAAGCUUUCUUCAAGAAGAUUAAUCCCGUGGUAUUUCAAAUAAUUAGUCUCUAUUUAUUAUGUCACUAUUGUAUAAAUACGAUUUCUUCAAGCAUUGUUUUAUAUACACUCAACAUGGUCCACAUAAUUCGUUACAUUUUAUCUGUGAUAUCAUAUAAUAGCGUUAGUCGUUUUAACUUAAGAGCAUGAUAGUUGCCAAAAAUUAAAUGAUCAAUUCAUUUAUCUGAAAUAUAGUAGAUAUCAUUAUGUAGAUGAUAUUCUCUUCCGAAUAAAUGCCUUAUUAUUGAUUAACGCAUUUUCU